GAUUGCCCCAGGACCAUGCUGAACAUGCUGCUGCUGUGUUAUGGGUUGCUGCAGGGAAUCCAGACCAUCCUCACCUCAGACCUCAGCCACAACCACCUGCAGGAGAUGAGCGCUGGUCUGUAUGGGGCAGACAGAGCCCACUACUCCAACCUGCUACGUAAAGUCAAGGCGGUGUCUGUGGAGCCAGUGGGAGCUCUUCCCAGGCCUGAGUUUGAUCAGAUGGCCAUAGAAGUCCAGGAAGCUGAUGGAAACCUUGUGCAGAAAGGUGGUAUGCUGGAACCACAGGUGUUAUCCACUGCACUGCAAGCUUCAGGCCGAGAAGAGCGCUCCCCUCGCCGGUGUGUCCGCCUCCUGGAGUCCUGUCUCGGGCAUCAGAUCCCCUGCUGUGACCCCUGCGCCACCUGCUACUGCCGCUUUUUCAAUGCUUUUUGCUACUGCAGGAAAAUCAGCACCAGUUUCCCAUGUGGCAAGAACUAG